AUGUCGUCAUCCCACUCCCAGAUCAUCGAACACAUCGUCCUCUUCAAAGUCAAAGAAAACACCGAUCCAUCUGAGGUCAACUCCAUGGUGAGCCGUAUCAACGGCCUAAGAUCUCUGGAUCAAGUCCUCCACGUCAGCGCGGGACCACUCCUCCGCAUCCGAUCACCCAUCCUCACCUUCAGUCACAUCCUCCAUAGCCGGUACAAGUCCAAAGAAGACCUGAACGCCUAUACGGUGCACCCGCACCACGUGAGCGUGACCAAGGAAAACGCCCGCAUCGUGGAAGACAUCAUGGCUGUCGAUUGGAUCGCCGACAACCUCCCAGAAGGACACGUGGAAGUACCCCCGGGAUCCGCCGUGCGAGUGACCAUCUUGAAAUUGAAGGAGAGUUUUGGCGACGAGGCCAAAUCUGAGAUUUUGGAGGCAAUAAUCGGAAUAAGAGAUAAAUUUCACCAGCCGGGGACGACGCCGACGACGAGUCAGUUCACUGCCGGUCUGAACUUCUCGCCGGGCAGAGCGAAAGGGUUUUCGAUAGUGUUCCUGGCGAUUUUCAAGAGCGAGAGUGAUUUGGAGGCUGCGGAUUCCAAGCAAGAGUGGCGGACAUUUGAGGACAAGUUUAAAGAUUAUUUGGAUAGCUUGCUUCUUCUUGAUUACGUGGUCCCCCAACCACAAACCUGA